AGCCCCAGCGGGCCCUGGCCGUCACAGCAGUGCGUUUUGCGACACUAGCAGGUUAGUUCUUGUGUGUGUGCGUGUGUGUGUGCGUGUGUAUGCGUGUACACACACAGCAGCUUGACAUGCGAUCUAGAAUUAGAGAUACAUCGGUAAGAUUUAACUUGGUGCUUAUUUGACUUGCUGGUAAGCUACUAGCCACACGGACAAAUAUAAAGGAUUGUACUGCAUUUCUUGUUCUGGUUAGCUUGCGGAGGCUUCUCUCUCAUAGCCAGUAUGGAGCAGUGUGAAAACCGCAUUAGCUAACAUUAGUGGCUAACGUGAGCGGUGAUCAACAACUUUGCAAGCCAACUAACGCGAAGCUCGCUUUGUCGUAUUGUUGGAUGCGGGAGUCGGGCUUCGGUUCAUAUACGAGGCCCGGUAAACCCAUUAGCUUCAGUCGCUUGUUGGGUACAUCUUUGGCUCGUCUUAGUUGUGAUAAAUGUUGUCACAACAGCUAUAGCGGUCGUGCUAACUCGUUAGCUUGUAAAAUAGCUUGGGUCAAAGUCGAGAACCCCAAUGAAGGAAUACAAAGUUGUUGUGUUGGGGAGCGGUGGCGUGGGCAAGUCUGCGCUGACUGUACAGUUUGUCACCGGCACUUUCAUCGAAAAAUAUGACCCGACGAUCGAAGACUUCUAUCGGAAAGAGAUCGAGGUGGAUUCGUCGCCCUCUGUGCUGGAAAUCCUCGACACAGCAGGCACGGAACAGUUCGCGUCCAUGAGGGAUCUCUACAUCAAGAAUGGACAGGGGUUCAUACUUGUCUACAGCCUGGUCAAUCAGCAGUCAUUCCAGGAUAUCAGACCGAUGAGGGACCAAAUAGUUCGUGUGAAACGGUUUGAGAAAGUACCAUUGAUCCUGGUUGGUAACAAAGUGGACCUGGAGUCUGAGCGCGAGGUGGCUGGGUCCGAUGGCCGUGCCCUGGCCCAGGAGUGGGGGUGUCCCUUCAUCGAAACCUCAGCCAAGAGCAAGACCAUGGUGGACGAGCUGUUUGCUGAGAUCGUGCGACAGAUGAACUAUUCUACAUUGCCAGAGAAACAGGAACAGUGCUGCACUGCAUGCGUUAUACAGUGAGCACAACAGAGGCAUCAUUUACUGAGGUUGGAGCAGCCAUUUCCUGUUUGGAUGACCCAUGAUCCAGGGGCCAAGUUGAGUUUAGCCCUGUUGUUGACUUCCUGCCGCUGGCAGUGUUCCUACUGAACGACCGGUUUGUGACUUUUCCGCCGUGAACCUCCUCAAAGGAGAAGCGUUCCUCCGGGGCCUUCUCUAUUUUUACUAUUGUGACUCCAGAAACACGGUCUGUGUGGAAACUCCAUGGCCUUUGUUGCAAACCCGACACACAGCUUACAGCUACAGCCACAGCCGUCAACUUCAAGCUGGAAGGCGGCAGGUUCAAGCGGCCAUAUGGGACUUUUAUUCUCUGAUGUCUUUUGAGUUGGGUGUAUUCCUGUGGUUUAAAAAAACAAAACAGGAGUUGUUGUUUUACCGCAGCUCUUUUUCAAAGCUGCUUAAUCAUUAUAUCGUUGAUAUUUUAACUUGUAUAAAAGUUUUGAAUCUCAAAUCAGUAUUUUACUAUAACGAAACAAACUUUACUUUUAAGCAUGCAUACUUCCCUGACCUUAUGACUAAUCCACAAGCAAAUAAUGUCCCGUACUAUACAUAGUCGUUAUGGCUCACUUUGCUGUCUAUUUUCAAGUUAUAAAAUCCUGCUUGUAGCACAGAAAUUGCGGUGUUGUGGAAGCUAACAAUGUUCUCUACUUGAAUGUGGUUUUAUUAUUCUAUCUUGGUUUUUAACUGCUACCCUUUUCUUUAUCCAGUUGCGGUGGUCGAUCGGGUUCGCGAUUUAGUAUCUACUACGUGUAUCUGUUGAUAGCCAAGCACAUAUGGAAGUAUGUAUGGUGACAAUGAGCAGUUUUAAAAAAAACAAUUACACAUUACAAAAAUGAGCCAAUGGACUUUCAGGAGCUUGAAUAAAAACCAACCAUGAUGUGUGCAAGCACUGUCACUAAGGGUCAAAAUAACUGGUGCUGUUCGCCAUUUAUGAUAAGGAGGGCUGGUUAAUUCUGAGGGAGGGGGGUUUCCCUAGUAAUGAUAACCAAAGUUAGCUCACAAAAACAAAGUCCCUCUUUUGGACAAAAUGGAUUUACUUUGACCUCUAGAGAUGACAGUUCUUGGUGACUCCAUUGUGGUUUAGCUUAUAUUCCAGUCCCUGUAACUGAUCAUGAUGUACGUUGCUUUAUUUUUUAUUUUCUUUAUCUAUUUAUUACAAACUAAUGACAUCGCUAGCCAAUUUUUAACAUUUCAAAUUAGAGGCCUACUAGUUUUUUUUCUGCUUUUGUGACUUCGAGAUAUAGUCUAUUGUUUUUGAAACUGAGAAUUUAACAGAGCCUUAAAAACUUUCUGUUUCA